AUGGAGUCUCUGAAGACAUUGUUGGUGGCCAAUCGCGGCGAGAUCGCCGUGAGGAUAUUGAAGACAGCAAAGAAGUUGAACCUGCGCACCAUUGCAAUCUAUACAGAGCCAGAUGCCGCUUCAAUUCAUGUUCAUCUAGCAGAUGAAGCGGUGCUAUUGUCUGGCACGCCUACCAAGGCUUAUAUAGAUGGCGACCAGAUCGUGGACAUUGCUAAGAAACACAACGUCGAUGCGAUUAUCCCCGGUUAUGGGUUCCUUUCAGAGAACUCUGACUUUGCCCGAGCGGUCACUGCCGCAGGCAUGGUCUUUGCAGGACCGUCGCCCGAAAGCAUUGAAGCUUUCGGACUGAAGCAUACCGCCCGAGAACUUGCAACCAAAGCUGGUGUUCCGAUUGUCCCUGGAACAAAAGAACUCGUUCAGAGUGAAGAUGAUGCAGUACAAGCUUCGAAGGAGUUGGGAUUUCCGGUCAUGCUCAAGGCUACUGCCGGUGGUGGUGGAAUGGGUCUUCUCACAUGUCAUUCUGAAGAGGAUGUGCGAAAGUCCUUUGCGACAGUGAGAUCCCGAGGUGAAGCCCUGUUUAAGAAUGCAGGGGUAUUCAUUGAACGUUACUAUCCUUCCAGUCGUCAUAUCGAAGUUCAGGUAUUCGGCAACGGACACGGGAAGGCCAUCCACUUUGGAGAGCGCGAAUGCUCUAUCCAGAGAAGACAUCAAAAGGUCAUUGAGGAGUGUCCCAGUCCUUUUGUAGAGAAGAAUCCGGAGUUACGGCAGAAGCUGGGUGAGGCCGCGAUCAGGUUGGCCGAGUCGAUCAACUAUGGCUCCGCUGGAACAAUUGAAUAUCUUGUUGACGAUGAAACGGGGGCAUUUUUCUUCCUCGAGAUGAACACCCGUUUGCAAGUCGAGCAUGGCAUCACGGAGCUCUGCUACAAUGUUGACCUUGUGGAGCUGAUGCUGAAACAAGCUGAUGCCCAACACUCAGGCAAAAAGGGCCUGGAUGCAUCGUAUCUCGAGAAGCUGCAACCUAGCGCUCCGUCAGGGGCAGCCAUCGAGGCGCGUGUUUAUGCAGAGAACCCAGCAAAGGAUUUUGCUCCUUCGCCAGGUACUUUACAGAGCGUCGAAUGGAAGGAGAUCCCAGGAUCAAGAUUCGAUACAUGGCUUUAUACCGGAAUCAAGGUGUCUGCCAAUUAUGACCCGCUGCUUGCCAAGGUCAUGUAUCAUUCUCCAACACGGAAAGAGACCAUCGAGGGCCUACAUACGAUCCUAACAGAAUCCCGCAUCUGUGGACCCCCGACGAACCUCGAUUUCCUUGCAACUAUCCUUCGGGAUGGAGACUUCAACGAAGGUUACACGUUGACCAAGUUCCUGAAUACUUUCAAAUAUAGUCCUCAUGCUAUCGACGUUUUGGCUGGAGGCGCCUAUACCCUUGUGGAAGAUUGGCCUGGACGCCCGACCAUCGGUAGGGGAUUCUGUCAUUCCGGGCCCAUGGAUCCGUUAGCCUUCCGUAUUGCAAACGCCCUUGUUGGUAACCCUGUCGGGUUGGAAGGUCUGGAGAUCACUCUGAGCGGACCUGAUCUUCGCUUCUUGGGACCAGCUGUUAUCGCUCUCUGUGGUGCUCCAAUGGAAGCAAAGCUGGACGAUUCCGAAUUUCCAAUGUGGACCAGAGUCAAAGUCCAGGCAGGUCAGCGAUUGACGAUCGGAAAAACGACUGGAGGCGGUUGUAGGUCAUAUUUGGCCGUCCAUGGAGGCUUCCCCAGUAUAGCUAAAUGGUUCGGUUCAAAGGCUACAGCUCCAAUGGUUGGCGUUGGAGGUUACCAAGGUCGACAACUCGCAUCAGGAGACCUGCUUGCAAUUACGGACAAAAUUCCUGAUGUGCAGGGAGAGCUGCGUCUGCCAGAGCACCUUAUUCCUAAGUACCCCAGUGACUGGGAGCUGCUCUCCAUGGCCGGUCCAUAUGAUGAGGGUUAUCUCCUUCCAGAGAGCAUCGAUAUGCUCUAUGAGACCACGUGGAAGAUCUCCCAUAACGCAGCCAGAGGUGGAAUUCGUCUCAUCGGACCAAAACCGAAAUGGGCUCGUUCCGAUGGUGGCGAAGGAGGCGCUCAUCCCAGUAAUCUGAUUGAGUACGGAUACCCCAUGGGUAGUCUCAAUUGGACUGGUGAUGAUCCUGUCAUCUUCCCCGUUGAUUGCCCUGAUUUCGGUGGUUUCGUGUCAAGUCAUACCAUUGUCAAAGCAGACUAUUGGAAGCUAGGUCAGCUGAAAGCGGGGAAUAGCUUGAAGUACAGGUUGGUAUCUAUUGAAGACGCCAUAUCUGCCCGAAAGGAUGUGGAGAGAUUUGUGGACGAAGUCGUACAGGCUUCCUCAUCUGGCGAUUUCAGCAGCGUGAAGCCGCUGAAGGAUGAGCUGCCACCAGCACUCAAACGAGAAGAAGCUGGCAAGGCUCUUGUUCAUCAGAUCGAAGAGAAGGGCAACCAGCCUCUUGUUUCAUAUAGACAGGGCGGUGACGACUACUUGCUGAUCGAUUACGGCCAUGGCGCAUUUGAUCUGAACCAUCGCUGUCGAGUCACCGCUCUCAUCAAAGCUCUGCGAGAAGCAAAGGGAGAAAUCACAUUUGACAGCGGUCUUAUUGGCACUGUCGGUUGUGGAAAUUCUCUGAUGCUCUAUUACAACGGCCUCAAAAUCCCGCAAAAGAAGCUUAUCAAUUACCUGUGCAACCUCGAGUCCGAACUUGGAGACCUCAGUGAGGCCAAAGUGCCUAGUCGUCUCUUCCGUCUGCCCAUCACCUUCGAAAGCGCACGGCAGACAGCAGCAUUGCAGCGCUACAUGGAGACACAACGUCCCUACGCCUCGUACCUCCCGGACAACAUCGAGUUCGUCGCCAAGAAUAACGCUUUCACACGCGAGGAGCUUGAAAGAAUCUACCUCACUUCCAGUUUCAUGGUAGUUUCCGUGGGGUUCUUCACCGCGCUUCCUCUAUCACUUCCAGUCGACCCUCGACACAGGAUGAACUGCCCGAAGAUGAACCCCAGUCGAGUCUACACCCCUGCAGGAGCGGUAUCCUGGGGCGGCAGCUGCAUGGCCCUAUACAACGUCGAAUCCCCCGGUGGCUACCAACUCACCGGCAUGACCAUACCAGGCGUUGACAUCCUCGGAUCCAAAAAGGGCUACAGUCCCAGCAGACCGUGGCUUUUCGAGGACUUCGACCAAAUCACCUUCUACCAAGUCACCGAAGAAGAAUACGAAAAGCAACUCGCGCUCUUCAACAGCGGUCGAUACGAGUACCAAUGCGAAGAAGUCAUGUUCGACAUGGCCGAGCAUAACCGUCUACUCCGGGACACGAAGGACGAAGUUAUCGCCAUCAGAUCUAGACAGAGAAAGGCCCAAGCGGAGAUGGAUAAGCUCGAAAAGGAGCUCCUCGAGAAAUGGGAAGCGGAAAAAGCUGCGAAUACAAUCCCCAUGGAUGCUGUCGAGGCUUUGAUGAAUGACCCCAACGUCAUCCCCAUCGAAGCUCCCCUGAAUGCCAACGUAUGGAAGAUCGAAAUUAAAGAAGGCGAUACUAUCCGCUCUGACCAGGUAGUCACGAUUCUCGAGGCAAUGAAGCUUGAAAUCGCGGUACGUGCUGAAUCGGCCGUUGUGGGUGGGAAGGUUGAGAAGAUCCUUAUCAAGCCAAAUGAUGUCGUUGAGGCGGGCAAGCCCUUGAUUCUGGUGAGGAAAGCGGAGAAGUAAUACAAAGAUAUGGUCAGGAGAUGUUUGUAUCUAUGCAAGAGGGGAUCAUGAGUCUUUGAGAGGGUUAUCAUGUGCGGAUAUGUGACUUUGUCUUGGUUCUGUCUCUAAAUGGGUAUGUGAACUCUUACAGCUGAGGUUCAGCUGAGCUGGGCUUUACAUUGUCGAAUAUAUAAUUGGUUAGUUGAACUACUGCAACUGGUAGAGAUGCUCACGGCCACGCGUGAUAGAGUCGGACAGGUGGAUGGCGA